AUGGCCGCACAAAGCCCGUAUCUGAAGUUUAAAUCCUCUGGCCAGGCAAUUCCUCAAGUCGGAUUUGGCCUCUGGAAGGUAGCCCCUGAAAAUGCGGAAGAACUUGUCUACGAGGCCAUCAAGUCUGGUUACAGACUGUUCGAUGGUGCCUACGAUUACGGAAACGAAAAAGAAGCGGGCGACGGCAUCCGACGGGCCAUUGACGAAGGCGUUGUCAAGAGAGAAGAUAUCUUCAUCACCACGAAACUAUGGAAUACGUGUCAUCAGAAGGACCGCGCCAUCAAAAUCGCCACCCAACAGAACGAAGAAUGGGGUCUUGGAUACAUUGACUUGCUUCUUAUUCACUUCCCCGUUGCUCUGGAGUAUAACCCGGACUGCACAAGGGGAUGGUAUUACGAUGGGGAGUCGCAAGUGAAGCUGGAGCCUAUUCCCAUUCGCGAGACAUGGGAAGCCCUCGAAGAGCUCCACGCUCGUGGUAUCGUGAAGAACAUAGGCGUAUCCAAUUUCAACUCCCAAGCAAUUCUUGACAUCUUUACAUAUGCCAAGGUAAAGCCGAGCAUGCUGCAAAUUGGUGAGCCCGAUAAUGAAAACUAUAGCGACCAAUUGCUAAUUGUGCUACGAGAACAUCAUCCUUAUCUCGUACAGCAGAAUCUGAUCGACUUCUGCAAAGACCAGGGGAUGCUUGUCACCGGAUACAGCUCCUUCGGUCCGCAAUCGUUCCUCGAGCUUCCUCCAAGCUUCCCUACCAAGGCCGCCAAAACACCGUCCCUCUUCGAAGCGCCCCUCAUUCUCGAGCUCGCCUCCAAGUACAGCAAGACCCCCAGCCAGGUUCUUCUGCGAUGGGCCACGCAGAGAGGCUUGUGCGUCAUACCAAAGAGCAAUAGGAAGGAGAGGAUGGCGCAGAACCUUGACGUUACCGGAUUUGAGAUGGAGCAGGCCGAUCUGGCUAGGAUUGCGGACCUUGAUAUGGGUCUGCACUUUAAUGAUCCUGGUGUAUACUUGGUCAACCAACCGAUUCGAAUUUUCACUUAG